AUGAGCUCCAGCGACGAAAUCCCCCCCCGCCCCAACGACGUUCCUAGCCUUGCGGCUAGGCGUGCCCAUAUGGAUGUCGUUUUUAGACAGCAUGGGCCGUACACCGAGAAGAUGAUGGCCGCCAGCAGAGCUAAGGCGGUGCGCACCAUCUGCUUUGCCCUCCGUGGGUAUAAGAAGAUCAGGGUGAGCCAGGUGUACUUUGAGUACCUGGUGGAUCUCACCAUCUGGGAUAACUGGAUGUUUUACAACGAGCUGCCAGGCACUGGAGUGCCCUUCCCUGAGUGCCCAUGGGCUGAAAUAAGGCCGGAUCCCUCUGACAUGAGUGAGGGUCUUUCGCUCAUCUACGCCCAGUGGCUCAGGGACAACUUCCCUGACGAGAAGCACGACGGCAAGGCGCCAGCCUUCGCAAGCGACGAGAAGACGGCCUCGAAGGCCCCGGAGACUCCAGCUGCCGGAUCCACUGAGCAGCCGCCUGUUGCUGCUGAGCCCGAGCCCGAGCCCGAGCCCGAGCCUGAGUCCGUUGCUGCCGAGUCCCAGCUCGAGCAUGAGUCCGACGCUGCCGAGCCCGAGACCAUCGCUGCCGAAGACAUGCCUGGCCCUGAGCCUGAGCCUGCUUCCGCCCCCUCUGUGCCGGCCUCCCAUGAGGUCGUCUUCCGGCCCAAGACUGAGGCCAAGCGCACUCGGGCGCCCGCCCAAGGCUUGAGUUCGUCUCGAUGGGCCCCUCCCCCUACCCUCCUUGUCGCUGCGGACGCCCAGCGGCCCAAGGGCUCUCCUCCCAUCCCUCGCGGCAGCAUGGUCUGCCCACCAGUCCCUUCCCUGGCCGCCCGUGAGCAUGCGUGGAAGGCGACGUUUGGCGAUGGGCUCAGAGACGAGCCGUUCUGUGGCCCCUUCGAGGUCCGCAUCCCUUGCUGGAUUGAGUUUGAAGAGCUCAUCUGGGGCCAUAACGGCCAAAUCUUUGCAAAGGUCCGGGAUAUCAUCCACAGAGACCUUGCCAUCUCGUGGGAAGAUGAGAAGCCCACCUCUGUCAAGGGAGGGCAGGGUAUGCCUCUGUCGGUGGACUACGAGGGCCGCCCAUACAAGCUCAUUGUGGGCUUCUCCAAGGGUGUUGACCACACCCAUGGAGCCAACCAAUCUCUGCUGCUGGCCCUUUGGAACAGUGUUGCUGGCUGGGCUGGUCUCGCCCACAUCGGCACCUCGAUGACUCUGGCGGAGUACCUGAGAGUCAACCAGGCGCGCCAGGAUGCUGUUGUCAUCGGCACCAUGAGCGGUCCCAGGAACCCUGUCCGUGCUCUCUACAAGGAGAGUCAGGAAAACACCCUUGCUGCUCAACAAGCAGCCAGGAAGGAGAAGUGUGCCAUGGAACGAUGGCAGUGUGAGGUUCAUGAGAUCCUCCAGAACCCCAUCGAGAUUGCCACUGAGCGACUCGAUGGCUGGGUCAUGGCCAGCGGCCAUGACAUGGAUCUUCGGAUCACGGUCGCUGAGCGAGUCUGGGCUAUGUCUGUCAGUGACCCUGUCAAGAUGGCCCAGGGGAGCCACUGGGCCCAUUGCCUUCGCUCUGGGCUUCGCGUGGUACGAGAGAACUAA